CAUGAUGUUGUUUUACAAUCACUUCUUUACAUUGAAAUCUUCUUUUGGUACUAAUUUAUUUACUCAUUCAUUUAGGGCGUGCGGUUGAAACAUGAUUUUGAAUAGCUCUGCUCAUAAAUCCCACUAUGACAUUCUAGGUGUCAAGGAAGAUGCAAGUUACGAAGACAUUCGAACAGUUUAUCGAUCCGCCAUCCUCACCUUCCACCCAGACAAACUGCAUGACAAUAGCUCUUCAUCAGAACCAUCUCACCAUUCUAAGCACGAAGCGACUAAGAACGCAUUUCUUGACAUACAAAAGGCAUGGGAAAUCCUUAGCGACCAAAGAUCACGUGCUGCCUAUGAUGUUGAGUUGCGUGCCAUGAGACAAGACGCGGCAACUGCAGAAGAUGUGGGGUUUGAUGAUCUCAAAGUAGAAGCGAGUGGUGGGGAUGAUGACGGGGUUUUUGAGCUGUCUUACCCUUGUAGGUGUGGCGACUUUUAUGUGAUUGAUUCUUUGGAUUUGACAAGCAUGGGAUAUCCAUUGGUGAAGGGUAGAAGGGAAAUGUUCAUUGAAACCUCCAAGGAUUUACCAGUUUCAGUUGUUCUUCCAUGUGGAUCCUGCUCUCUCAAGGUUCGCUUAUUGAUCAAUCAAGACACUAGGCUGGCUUCCUCUUCUGGAUGAGAUGCAUUUUGUUCUGAGAAUUUGAGAAGCUUUUUUUUUCCUCAUUUCCUUUUCAAGUGCAGUGUAUUUUUGUGUAUCAUAUAUACACAGUUUUGCAUUCUUCUUCAUUUCAUUUCCCAUUAAAUACUCCCUCCGUCCAAAACUAUAUGACAUGUUUACUAUUUAAAUAGUCAAAUUUUAUUUAUUUUCUUUAACGGUUUUCAAUAAUUAUUUGAUAAUAUA